AUGCAUACCUCGACUCUUUUGGCAUUUGGCCUUUUGGCGCUUGCCCCUCUCAUCAACGGACAGGAUGUGGCUAGCGGUGGCUUAGCUAGACGUCAUAUUGGCGGUGGUGCAGUUAUCGCUCGCGGUGUAGCCAUUGACUUGGAGGCCCGUCACCACAAGGGAAAGAAGGGAAAGAAGGCCCAGGACAUUCAAGACCGCUCUCCCGAGCCUCACCACAAGGGAAAGAAGGUCCAGGCAGUCCAAGACCGCUCCCCAGAACCGCAUCAUAAGGGAAAGAAGGUCCAGGCAGCCGCGCGCCACGAAGAGGAGCUUGAAGACCGCUCUCCCGAGCCUCAUCACAAGGGAAAGAAGGUCCAGGACAUUCAAGACCGCUCUCCCGAACCGCAUCACAAGGGAAAGAAGGUCCAGGACAUCCAAGACCGCUCCCCAGAGCCGCACCACAAGGGGAAGAAGGUCCAGGACAUUCAAGACCGUUCUCCCGAGCCGCAUCACAAAGGGAAGAAGGUCCAGGCGGCUGCGCGCCAUGAGGACGAGCUUGAAGACCGUUCCCCAGAGCCGCAUCACAAGGGCAACAAGGCGGCCGCUGGAAAUGGCGCUGCUGCUCAAGAUGCCACUGCCGCUACCACCGCCACCAACGCCAAUGUAGCCUGUGCUCGCGACGUCCAGGAUAUUGAGGCCCGUCACCACAAGGGCAACAACGGUGCCGCCGCUGCCGCCACAAACGCCAAUGUUGCUUGUGCUCGCGACAUCGAGGCUCGCGAGCCCCAUCACAAGGGCAACAAGGCCGCCGCUGCAAACGGCGCUGCUGCACAGAACGGCGCUGCUGCUACUGCUGCCACCAACGCCAAUGUUGCCUGUGCCCGUGACAUUGAGACCCGCGAGCCUCACCACAAGGGCAACAAGGCGGCCGCCGCCGCACCUGCCACCGCGGCCGCCAACGCGGCGUGUUAAAGAGAGUCGAGGAAUGCAGCGGGUCUAGGAUUGUUUACACUGCGAUACCAUAGUAGUUUUAAAUGUAUGUAAUCUGGCAAGAAACCGAACUCGUGCCCCUUUUAUAUAUAUGCUUUGGUUUGGAGGGAGUGACGAGAUAUGAUUUGUAUUUUGGAUGUAACCAUACGAUGGGAUCCGGUUGAAAUUGAUAGCUUGGGGGGC